CCUUGGCUUAGACAGAAAAGGUCAAGGGCUAUCCAAUCUGGGUAUUGCAAAGGAUUUAGUAAACAUCCUGUAUCAAAUUAAUAGAGAUAACAAAUGAAAUAUUUAAAAGAAACCUGCAAAUGGUUACAGAGAAGACGUAGCUUAUAAAUAUUAAUUAAUAAUUUAUAUACAAUAUGAAUUCAUUUGCAAACACAAUAUACUUUUUGUCGAUUUUUUGUAUCAGCUUGAUACUAGCGAAUAAUUUACGGCAUUUAAAACGAAUGGAAAAGUGUUCUAAAAUAGUAUGUCCGUUGGUGAAAGCCACCAUUUGCGUGAAAGUAAAGGACCAAAAUACUCCGAGGCGUCAUGUCAUGAUGUCUAAAUGCGAGCUGAAACUUAUCAAAUGUCAUGGAGAUGUAAACACAACAGUAGUACCUGGAAAGUACUGCAACGCACUUAGGCAAGGGAACAUUUUACCUGGAAAGGAAGAAGACCCUGUUAACGAUUCCAGCCCCAAGAUACUACAAGGAGAUAGCCCUGUAGUUCAGGAAGAUCCUGUUAAUGACUCUGCUCCGAGAGACCGUGUAGAUCAGGAAGAUCCUGUUAAUGACUCCGAUCCGAAAGACCGUGUAGAUCAGGAAGAUCCUGUUAAUGACUCCGGCCCGAAAGACGGUGUAGAUCAGGAAGAUCCUGUCAACGAUUCCAGCCCCUCCAAAAUUCAGCAAGAAGAAAACCCUGUAGAUGAUGAAGAUCCUGGUAAAGAUUCCGAUACUUCUGGGAUAUCGAAAGAAGAAGACCAUGUAGGCCAGCAAGAAGUUGCUAAUGAAUCUGAUAACGAUGACGUACCGCGAGUAGAAGGUGAUAACGAUGGCGAAAAAAGGAAUGACCAAUCUGGAGCCGACUGUCCUCAGAAGUGCCAAAAUCGCAGAGUGAUGGUGUGUGCGCGCUGUCCUCACGGCAUCUACCGCACGUUCAUGAGCAGCUGCUUCAUGAGGAUGUAUCAGUGCCAGCAUCCUAAUGAAAAGUUGGAACUGGUAUCACGGCACGCUUGCACAGGCUCAGCACCAUAUAUGGGUGAGAUGCCGAAGUCGAUUGGGGAAAACGUGGAGCCUUAUGAUGAGGAUCCCGUGCUCAACCAUAUUUACCACAGAUUGAGUGUACAAGAUUAAGUCUGCUAACAGUCUUACGAUAUUAAAUAUUUCGUAUUUGG